AUGGAUGGAAGCGUGGUUGAAGGUAUUUCUACCUCUCUCCAGACCUGCCCUCCAGAUCUUCAAGGGCUUUAUGCUCUCGAGGAUCUUCCAUCUCCCCCUUACGUACAUCACCUGCAUGUGAAUGAUCUGGGGCUUACACCACCCCCUGGGUCGCAGCCACAGCAACCUGUCGAUGCUCAGGUGCCCUCGCAGGAAGAGAACCAUAGUUUGCCGGACGGCAGUGAACAAGGAGCGUACACCGGCGACCAGCUUCCCGGGGAUCAAAAGAUCAAGGCUUCGGCGGCGGGUAUUGGCUCAUCCAAGUUACCGGUUCAGGAUGUUGACCCUGUAGGUUUCGCUGGUUCGACUGACACAGUACAAGCACUGUUUGACGACCCGCUCUUCGAUUCCGAGGCUGUACUUCGCGAGCUUGAUGCGGCUUUUGCAUCUCGAAAACGAGCUGGCGAUGAGGCCUUUCCAGAGCUUGAUUUAUGGGGCCCACCUGAAAAGAGACGACUAGUCGAGUCACAGCAAGACCACAGUGUUCCUUCUCCUGGGGAAACGCCUUCCUUGUCUUCUCCCGACUCUUCUCACCAGCCGGAACAAGGUGGAACCGCUCCCCAUACACCCGGACUAGAGCGACUGCAGUCACCCAAUCCACUUUUUGACUCUUUGGAUGCCCUGUUUGAGGAUCCGGAUUUCAAUGUUCCUUUGAUACCUGAUGACGAGCUCCCGCCAGAUUUCGGACUUGAGCCACCCCUCGCACAAGGCGACCAACUUUCCCUUGAACUCCCUGUACAUUCGAUAUCAAAGGAGCCUUCUGUCAGCCUACUCACUAAAGACCGAUUUUCUCUCGAAUCUUCAGAUUUGGCGUCCAAUAUUAGUCGAGAAAUCUUACAACGAAUUCAUCAAGAACCGGAAUACACGUCCCCUUACCCACAAUAUGGAGGACCUCUAGGUUAUCUUCCGUCAGCACCAAAUCUCCACGUCAAAUACAUUGAAGUUGCAGACGAUCGAAUGAGUUAUCGCGUUUCCAGCCUGAAGGAAAAGGUAUAUACUCUCACCUGCGAGCGGAACAAGUACAAAAGCGCUUGGUUUGAGUGGACUACUAUAGACCCUGUGACGGGCAAGACCAGAGAGCAACUACUGCGCGAAGAGAAUGCCAUGCUUCGACGUGUUUCUAGUCAACACCAGAACCGUGUUGAGCAGUAUAAGAGAGAGGCAACAGAGUGGAAAAACAGGCUACAUGACCUUGGUACAAUCUAUAACAACCUUCUCUACGAGAUCCACGUCCAGAAACAAGUGCCUGCAGUUGCUCCGAUCCCGGAUUCAUACAAGCCUCCGCGCACAUCGCAAGCCCGGGGACACCCUCUCACGCCGAAUUCUCACCCCGUUACUCCGGCGCCCUCAGGAGACAUGCAGCAUGCCAGGCAAGGCUCUCAACCCCUACCUCCCCAGGGCAUACCACCCGACGCCUCGGGUGUCCACGAGAGUCAGCAGCCUGCUAGCUCAGCAAUAGAACGCGAGUCGACCCCAGUCACGAUUGAUUUGACAGAUGAGAUGGCGAACAAACCCGCUCCCUCGGAACCCCCUACGGAAGGAGGCCAACGCCGCAUGGAGAUGCUCCAGUCCCUCCGAAACAAAAAAUAUGGCUGGCUCGAGACCGGACAGACGGGGCAUGAUUUUCGUACCUUGAGUUCGCAAUCUCCACGACCUCAGCAAGAUACCAGCACCUUAGUUGAGCGGAGUCACAGUGAUCCUCCGGAUCAUACAGCUGCCCAGAACGGCCCCAUCGAUGAUGAUGAUGACGACGAGUUGGCUCGUGCGAUGGAGGCGGAACUGGCCGAAGCUUAA